AUAAAUAAUAUAAAUAAUAACAUAAAUAAUGACAAUGGCCUGCUCAGAACCAGCUCCAAAGAGCAGUUGUUUUAGAAAUGAGGAAAAGCGGUGGGUCUGUUCGAUCUAAGUCUGGCUAACGUCUGUGCUAGUCGUAGUUUUGCAGACCCAUAAUGGACUAGAGAUAGCACUUUACCUUUGAUGACUCGGCAUAGAUUACUGAUCGCCCUAAUAUUGCUAUUACACCAAAGCAUUGUUUUGUCGUGUAUGAUGAAACCUAAACUAAUGUCUUAAAAAUAGAGAAGUCUUGGAAAGUUGCUGAAUUUUAUAAGUUUCAUCGGAGUGUGAAGUCACAGUAGCCUUUCUUCUAGAAUUUUACUGAAAAAAUCUGAAUGCAAUCUAAAAGGACCAUGGAAUUCCUUCUGUUAAUAUUAUCAUGCACUGUCAUGCUUUUCUAGCUGGCAAAAUCAGUAGAGUGUUUGAUACUGCUUUGAGUCAAGGAGAAGCAAACCUUGUGCAUUAACCCAGAAAAAGUCUGCACAUUGGACCAAAAUUCUGACAGAACAUUAGAUUUAUACCAAAAGGAUGGUACUUACUUAAACUCUUGCUAACACGUUAGUAAUUUCUGUUUGGGAGGAGGGGAAAUUUGGGUUAUUUUGGGAUUAUUAUUGCUGUAUCCUUUUUUAAUUGGUUUAUUUGAACCUAAUACUGUACUAUUGAUUUUCUUAAUGUACUUUGGCCUACAAUAGGAUGUGUAAGGCUUUAGAAGUAAAUGUUUAACUUGCUUUACCUUGCCAAAAUGUGUUUAAUGGAGAUACAUGAACUGUUUUAGUCAAAAACUUCCUCUUUUUUACAGUCUGUCAGUGGAUAUUUCCAUUCUGUAAUUUGGAAUAUGAGAUUUUCUUUCUUUCAUUUACUAAGGCAGAAUAAUUGUUAUACAGAGGUUUCCAUCAGAACAGGGAGAAGUCAUUUUACUGUUAAAUUGCAGCUGAAGUUCAUAAUGCUUAAAUGUUGUUUAUACAGAAUUUUUGUAUACUGUUUGUAGAAAUAGAAGUAUUAAAGUCGAGUUUUAACUAGAAAAAAUACAUUUCUAAUCUCAAUUUUGGAAACAGAACUUGUUUCAUUCUGUUAGAUACUAAGUGUCCAUUAUCAGUGGAGUAGUUACUGUCUACCCAUAGUUUGGGCUGCACCUAUGUAUACUGUUCAUGAAGUGUAUACCAUUUGCUGUAAGUAAAUUACUAUUAUUAAUGACACACCAAUUUUUUUCUCUGUUAUGUCAGGAGGUGUACUUCAAGAAUCUUUCAAAGCAGAAACAGAAGGAAGUCAUGGAGAAGAAUGGAAACAACCACAAACUUCGUGUUUGUGUUGCUACUUGCAACCGUGCUGAUUAUUCAAAAUUAGCUCCCAUUAUGUUUGGUAUUAAGGCAGAACCACAGUUUUUUGAGCUGGAUGUUGUAGUGCUUGGUUCCCACCUGAUUGAUGAUUAUGGUAAUACCUAUCGUAUGAUUGAGCAAGAUGACUUUGAUAUUCAUACAAGAUUACACACCAUCGUGAGAGGGGAGGAUGAGGCAGCGAUGGUGGAGUCGGUGGGCCUUGCAUUAGUCAAGUUACCUGAUGUCCUCAACCGCCUGAAGCCUGACAUAAUGAUAGUUCACGGGGACAGAUUCGACGCUUUGGCCCUGGCCACGUCUGCAGCCCUGAUGAACAUUCGCAUUCUUCACAUCGAAGGUGGGGAAGUCAGUGGGACCAUCGAUGACUCCAUCAGACAUGCCAUAACCAAACUGGCCCAUUACCACGUGUGCUGCACAAGGAGUGCAGAGCAGCACUUGAUAGCCAUGUGUGAAGACCACGACCGCAUCCUUUUAGCAGGCUGUCCCUCAUACGACAAGCUUCUCUCUGCCAAAAACAAGGACUACAUGAGUAUUAUUAGCAUGUGGCUAGGUGAAGAUGUCAAAACCAGAGAUUAUAUAGUUGCUCUGCAACAUCCUGUAACCACAGAUAUUAAACAUUCCAUAAAGAUGUUUGAGCUGACACUAGAUGCACUCAUCUCCUUCAACAAGAGAACUCUUGUCCUGUUCCCUAAUGUGGAUGCAGGAAGCAAAGAGAUGGUUCGUGUGAUGAGGAAGAAGGGCAUUGAACACCAUCCCAAUUUUCGGGCAGUAAAGCAUGUGCCAUUUGACCAGUUCAUUCAGCUAGUUGCUCAUGCUGGUUGUAUGAUUGGUAACAGCAGCUGUGGUGUUAGAGAGGUGGGAGCGUUCGGUACACCUGUCAUCAACCUGGGGACACGUCAGACAGGAAGAGAAACAGGUGAAAAUGUUCUUCAUGUUCGUGAUGCUGAUACACAGGAUAAGAUUCUUCAUGCUCUACAGCUGCAGUUUGGGAAGCAAUAUCCAUGCUCAAAAAUAUAUGGAGAUGGUAAUGCUGUUCCAAGGAUUUUGAAGUUCCUUAAAUCUAUUGACCUCAAAGAACCAUUGCAAAAGAAAUUCUGUUUUCCUCCUGUCAAAGAUAAUAUCUCUCAAGAUAUUGACCAUAUUCUAGAGACACAGAGUGCUCUGGCAGUGGAUCUAGGUGGAACAAAUCUCCGAGUAGCAAUUGUCAGUAUGAAGGGUGAAAUAGUUAAGAAGUAUACCCAGCUCAACCCUAAAACCUAUGAAGACAGACUAGCAUUAAUUCUAAAGAUGUGUGUAGAGGCUGCAUCAGAGGCAGUAAAUGUAAACUGCAGAAUUCUGGGAGUAGGUAUUUCCACAGGUGGACGGGUAAACCCUCGAGAAGGAAUUGUGCUUCACUCUACAAAACUCAUUCAGGAGUGGAGCUCUGUGGAUCUCAGAACUCCUAUAUCUGAUGCUUUGCACCUGCCAGUCUGGGUGGACAAUGAUGGAAACUGUGCUGCUCUAGCAGAGAGGAAAUUUGGUCAUGGAAAAGGAAUAGAAAAUUUUGUAACACUGAUUACUGGUACAGGAAUUGGAGGUGGAAUCGUUCAUCAACAUGAACUGAUCCACGGCAGUUCUUUCUGUGCUGCUGAGCUUGGGCACAUUGUCGUAUCCUUAGAUGGACCAGAGUGCCUGUGUGGCAGCCAAGGAUGUAUAGAAGCAUAUGCCUCAGGAAUAGCAUUACAGAGAGAAGCUAAGAAACUGCAUGAUGAUGAUCUGCUUUUAGUAGAAGGAAUGUCAAUGAAGGAGGAGGAGAUUGUCAGUGCUGCACACCUUAUUCAAGCAGCUAAACUUGGGAAUACAAAAGCAGAGAGCAUUCUCAGAACAGCUGGGACUGCACUGGGCCUUGGCGUUGUGAACAUUCUGCACACCGUGAACCCGUCUCUUGUGAUCCUUUCUGGAGUUCUAGCUAACCAUUAUGUUAAUGCUGUCAAAGACGUGAUAAAUCGACAGGCACUGUCCUCUGUUAAAACAGUGGAUGUAGUGGUCUCAAAUCUAGCAGACCCUGCUCUUCUCGGAGCUGCUAGCCUGGUACUAGAUUAUACUACACGUAGAAUAUACUAGAAGAAUUACAGAAGAAUUAGAGAAUUGGACUAUUCAAAUUCAUAAUGGGUGGAGGGAAUACUUUCUCCCAAAUUUUUCUUUGAUGAGAGCAGCUAAUGAAUCAGAGUAGUACUGAGUAGUUAGUGACUACUUCAGCAUUUCCUAAUUGACAUAUUAUCUUUUUGUAUUUUUCCUAAAUUUCAGCUGACUUCCUUGGAAGUAAUGUGCAAUUCUGGGUUUUUAAGCACUUCUGUUGGUAAGCCUAUACAUUACUUUUGAGUGUGGCUGAAUUAUUUAUGAGCAUCUCUUGCUGUAUGGGGAUAAUGUGUAUGGUAUGUAAAAUUAUUAUAACUCUUGGGGAUCCAUAUCUCAUUUCCCACUUACGUGAAAUGAGAAGUUUACCAGCUUUUCAGUUUCCAGGAUUUCACCCACAAAGUAAAUAUGAUGUAAUCACCAGUAGUAAGUAAUAAUUUUGGUGGGUGGAAAUGAGGACCUCAACAAUAAAAAAAGGCUACACCUGGAAUUUCCUUUUCUUGAAGGAUUUGGUAGAGGCAACCAAGUUUAUUUAUUAUAUCAUCUCUAAAGGGCAGAGUCCCAUUUUAGAAGCUUUGCAUAUGAAGGAAAAAAAACCUACAGUUUAGUGAGCUUACAGCCUGCAGAGGACUCCAAUCAAACUGAUAAGUAUAGCAGUGAGCAUCUUUGUCUUCUGGCUAUGGCCAGUAGUAAAUUGUUUGAAUUGUAAUCUUGGGGGAUUUCUCAAGAUAAUUAAUCUAUUACUUGCAGGGAGGGUGGCUGCUUAUUCUUUGGUAGCCAGUUAGCUGAAAUUCAGCCACGUGGCACAGCUGAUCAUAAAGAAUCUACCUUUUACUGCAGAGUGGCAUGGUGCAUCCCGUCAGUCAUUUGGGUGGCUGCAGGUGCACUGCUCUUGUUCUGCUUUCACCAUCAGCUCUUAGGAUGGAAAGUCAAAUCUGACCCUUAUCCUCACCCUCAGAGCAUUCAAAGGCCUAGGAGAAAAGUAUGUCAAAUACCAGUAAAGCCUUGCCUAAGUAAGCUGUGGUUUGUAUUUAAUGAGUAAUGAUAGUGCUGUCUUUAUCCAGCUGUUUUUUAGCAUACUUUCAAGAUGCUGGAGAAAUUGAAAAACCAACCCAUCUAUCAACUAAUCCAGAAAGAUAGCUCUGGAGGAACAGUCACAAAACUAUCCUGUUCUGAAUUUAAUUACUUAUUUUGACAUGUGACUCAACCACUGAUAUUCUCAGAAGCCCAGUAAUGCGUUAGUACAGGGGCUAUUUCCACACUUGAACUUCCAACUGAAACAAUCUUCUGCAACCAUUGCCCUGUGCUAUACAAUGAACUUGGACUGAAUAGUUCCUAGUACACUAGCUAACUCUGGGAUAUAAUCUAUAACAGACUGUUUUUAAUUCACUAUCUCUUUAACAAGGAGUGCUUACUGGUAAUUCACCUCUUUGGAGCAUUUCAGGACCACCAGAUCUCCUUCCUGAUGUCUCCAGGAGCAAUCAUGCAGUCUCUAUACCAUAGUUUUCUCCGACUUGGCAAAUAACUGGUUCUCAAUUGUUUGCCAAGUUACACUAGGCUUUAAGUAAAGGAGUUUUAGCUCCUUUUCCCAACAUAUCUUGGUUUACUUGAUGAUUCCCAUUACCUUCAAUACCAGAGCAUUAGUUCUAUGAACAGGCCAAGGAGGAACGGGCAUUUCUCUGCAGUGACAGUAGCUUAGAUCAGGAAUACUGAGGUUCUAACAGUGAGGAGGCCUGCCCUUUGAUCUUUCCAUCUCCUGCCAUCACAAGGAAUGCCUGGCUGGAAUGCCUGGCUAAAAGUGGGACCAGGCUUUUGCUUUCCAGACCCUCUGAAGCUGUGUAUUUUUGGUGUCUCAGACUCAAAAUGUUUUUCCAUCAGCUAAAGGGAGGGUGCAGGCACAGAAAAACCACAACAGACUAAAACACAGUUGAAAAGUUUUACAGCUUUAACGUCUAGUCAUGUUAAAAAAACAAUUCUUCACAUUAUUUUGAAAAUGCUUUUUUUGUCAAUUGGCCAAGAACUUGCUGCAUAUGUACAAGUGGUUUAUAAAAUCAGAAAGAAUAAAAAAAUAAUAUUUAAUAGUGUAA